GCUGCCGAUUGGAUAGCUUCCUGGAAAGGGAGCACUGACAAAUCCAGACAUUAUGACUCUAUUCUCUCCGUUGGCUCCAGGACGUUUAUGAGAAGGAAGGUUGUUGACUCUUUCAUAUUCAUAUAAUUUGCAAAAAGCAGCUGUGGACAAUCAGUUGAUUUGAAUUUUGCUAUUUUAUUGGAUAUCGGUUCAUUCCUGGACGGAUCCUUGCAAAGGACAAGUUGGAUACUGCAGUCAUCAUCAUGACAGAAGAUGUCCACGUUCCAAACAGCAUGUCUGAAUAUAAUCGGAAUGUGCCCUCUGAAAAACCCCAGCUACAGGUUACUGAUAUUAUUGAUCAAAUAGCCAAUUCUGUUGAGGGAUUUCCUUAUGAAACGACACAGCCUGAACCUCUUUUACUGUUUAUGCCAGAAAAGCAAGAAGGAGUCAACCAUUUAAUAGAGAACACUGUAUAUGAAACAGGUGAUGUUGAAGCAUCCGAAGUUUCAGCUGGGGUGAAGGAAGAUCAAGGAAAGCCAGAGGGAAACAAGGAGCAAAAAGCUGUUAACUCUUCCCAGGAAACAAGAGAUUUGGAAGAAGAAGAUGGAGAAGGGACUUGUGAGGAGACUCAUCCUGUAACCACCAAGGAACAGGAAGUAAUUAAAAAGAAAGAAAGGAAUGUCCAGUCUCUUCAGGAUGAGGAGGUCUGCAACACUAACCAGGCAGAAGAGGAACCAGAAGAAGAAGUGCAGUUGAAUGAAACCAAGGAGCAAAUGAAAGAAGAGACACAACUGGAAGCGACAGAAAAUGCAACAGAGGAAGAGUCAGAAGAACGAGCGCAGAAAGAAAAUUGUAAGGAUUCCGAUUCUCAUAAAAAAGGGCAGGAGGCCAACAGCAAAGAAUUUCUUCCUACCAGCCCACAGUGUAACUCUCAGACUGAGCAACCUGAUGAGCAACCAGGCACUCUGAGAAAAAGUGAUAUCUCCCGGCACAGUUAUUCUCGAUAUAAUACGAUAUCUUAUCGGAAGAUCCGUAAAGGAAACACGAAACAGAGAAUUGAUGAAUUUGAGUCCAUGAUGCAUUCAUAAACUGAGGCAGAGAAUUUGAUUGACAUGGUGUAAUUAAUUCAUCUCUUCCCCAUUCCAUUGCAGUGCCAGACAUUACUCCACAUGUAAUACCGAGUUAUCAAAAUGUCUUUUGUGGCUUUGAUCCAACUAAACUUAGUAAUGACUAAGAGUAUCAUCCUAGAUAUCCUUCCUGCUAUGGAGUAAAGCUCACAGCCCGCAUGGAGAUUUCCCCCUCCAAAAGUAAAUGUGCCUUGGAUUGGGCUAAAGUCCGGUGCACAUUUUUCUGAAGUAAGUCCUACUGAGUGUAAUUGGACUUACUCCUGAGUAGAUCUAUGAUGUUUGAGCUAUAAAUUGCACUGAAGCCAACAAAAAAGUUAGUUACGAUUAACUUUUUCCUUUUUUUCUUACUGGGAUUUAGUCAAAACUACGUUUACCUGGAUUGGGCCCAAUACGUGUAAUUUGACAAUAUACUUCAAAAAUGUAACCACAUUUCAUAUUUCAGUAUGAAAUAACAAAUAUCUGUAGCAUUUAUCAGCAUUUUAAUAAAUUUAGCUCAGCUUGAUUUUUAAGCCUCAUUUAAAGAAAAGCCUUUCAUACUGUUCAUUUUUGGUAUUACCGUUGAAGAAACAGUUUUAGAGUAAUGGGCGGUCUUUCAAGAUUAUAUCCCAUUUGGCUGAUUCCAUGACAAACAGACUAAUGUGAGGUUAAAAUAACUACAAUAAAAUGUUAACACUGGAA